GUUGAUCUCGGAGAGACAAGACCGCGCUUUUUUUUUGACCGUUGUUUUUUUUUCGGUUCUUUUUUUUCCCCUCCCUUUCACCUUAACGUGCGUGUGUGUGUGUGUUGGUGUCUUCAGCGUGGCGAACGGAUUUUGACAGUGCUUCUUUUUUUUUUGCCCACAAUUGUGUGUGUGUUAACGAAAAAAAAAAAAAAAAAAAAAACGAAACGAAAAGGGAGAACUUGUUGUUAUUCUUCUUACCAUUAUUAUUUCGGGGGGCGAUUUUCGGUACAUUGAUUACCGGAAAUUACUUGAACCAGUGUCGUCGGGGGAUUGAAAUCAGGAGAAACGAGAAGAUUGAUUGAUGCUUUUGUCACCCGGCUCCGCUGAGAAAGUGUCCAAAAUUCGCGUCAAAAACCGAGAACCCGUGCCCUCCUAUCGGAUGGAUCGCAACGACGAUGAAAUCGAUGCGAUGAUGUCGGACGGGGAGGGCGAUUCGAGUGACAACUUGGAUCGUGACGAUUCGAGCGACGACGGAGAUCUGGACGACGGCGUUGGCAACGAUCAGCUGAAGCGACAGGACGGCGGUGAUAUGGACCAGGAAUUGCAGGUUCACCAGGCGCUCCUGCGCCAAGCCGAAGCGGCCGCUCACAUGCAGACGCUGAUGCAGUCGCAGCUGGGCCUGUCGGGUUUCCCCAAUUUGUCCAACUUUCCAGGCCUACCGGGUAUGGCCGGUCUGGGUGGUCUCCAUCCCGAUUUACAAGCUCAGCUUCAAGCUCACAUUCAAGCUCUUAGCGGAGGAGGAGGAGGAGGCGGCGGUGGUGGCAACGGACAGGCCGGUCAGCAAGGCACGGGCAACGGAACGAGCAACGGACACGGAAGCAGCAGCGGAAACGAGAGCCAAUCUCCGCCGGCCGGCAUGGGUCCGCCCAAGACUUCAUCGCCGCUCAACAACGCAUCGCAAAACAGUUUGCUGAGCUUGGCCAAUUCGAGCCAUCACAGCAUGACGACGCCGGCCUCUUCGCCGUACAACAAGCAGCGUCAUCAUUCGAACAAUGCCAUUAGCCCGCGCGGCAACGGCAACGGCCAACAGCAUCAGCACCACAACAGCAAAGAUUCGAAAGACGACGAUCAGGACUCUAUGGACGGCUCGACGUCGCCGUCGCCACCCGCUUCCAUGCUGGCCAGCAUCGCCGCGGCCGCUUCUGCUCUUCGUUCGCCGUCCGGUGGACUCUUGCCGCCUUCGUCGGCCGCCACUCAUCCAUACCUGGCUUCGGCCUUCUCCAACGCUCUUGGCGGACUCUCAGCCCUGACGAGCGGACUUUCGGUCGGCGGUGGUAACGGCAACGGAGCUCACGGAUCGGCCGGUGGCCAGCACCCACCUUUGACCCCGUCGCCUUCUUCUGACUCGCCACAACAGACGGACGCUCCCCGGGCGCCCAAUUCUUCCCAGCAAUCUUGGACUUUUGAGGAGCAAUUCAAACAAUUGUACGAGCUGAACGACGAUGCCGGACGCAAGGCUUUCCUCGACGAACUCUUUGACUUUAUGCAGAAGAGAGGCACGCCAAUUACUCGUUUGCCUAUCAUGGCUAAACAGGUGUUGGAUUUGUACGAGUUGUACAACCUGGUGGUGGCUCGCGGUGGACUCGUCGACGUCAUCAACAAGAAACUGUGGCAAGAAAUCAUCAAAGGCCUACACCUGCCGUCGUCCAUCACAUCUGCCGCUUUUACCCUGCGCACUCAGUACAUGAAGUAUUUGUAUCCGUACGAAUGCGAGAAGGAAAAAUACAGUUCGCCAAACGAACUGCAAGCCGCUAUUGACGGAAAUCGGCGAGAGGGACGUCGAUCCAGUUACGGCGCCUACGCCGAUUUGGUUCCUCGCGGUAACGGCGGAGGCGGCGGAUCGAACGGAGGUGGCGGCGGCGGAGGAAACGUCUCUGGAGCCGCCCAGCACGCCGCCUCUCUCAGCGCUCUCGCUUCACACAUGUCGCAUAUGUCGCCGCUGAGUCUCGUCUCGCGCCCGUCAGCCCUCAACGGAAACGGCCACCAUCAUCGACCAGGAUCGGAUUCGCCGCCCAGUCAAUCGCCCCACGAAGCUCUGGCCGAGUUGAACAUGUCACGCAUCCACCUGUGGAAUAUCUACAACAGCUUGGGCGGUGACGUCGGAGGAGACAUGGCCGCCGCUAUGGCCGCCGCCUCGCGCUUCCUUCCACAGACAGCCGCUACUGCCGGCACGGGAUCUUCGGGAUCACAGCCGCCUCAAACGGAGGCUCUCAACCUGGCUGCGGAACAACACGCUGCCGCCCAAGCAGCCGCCGCCGCUGCUGCCGCCCGUGCCCUCGAGCUCAACAAAGAGAACAAGGACAAGGAUCGCGAAUCGAGCGGACAGAAAAGCCGACGCGAGCGGAAGGAGGAAGAGCGCGAGAAACGGGAUCGUGAUCGCAGCUACGAACUACACGAAGAUCGCUCCCAGUCGUCGAUUCGCAUUAAAGAGGAAUCGCUCAUGCAAGAUGGUCCGCCGGCCAGCAAGCGCCUCCUUCUCGACGACGAUGUCAGUCUCAACAUGCGAAUGACGCCCAUUGGACUGCCCGGAGCCAACAUUAAAAUUACCAGCAGAGGCGACACGCGCACAAAUGACAAUUCUCUAGUGGUCAGUAUGGAGAUCAACGGCAUCGUUUACCAAGGUGUUCUGUUCGCCCAAGCGGCCGCUGCCGCUGCUGCCGCCACUGCUGCCUUGACACCUGCGCGAGGUCGAUUAGCCUAGAUGGCCUUCCAUCACACGCAUCCAUCUUCAGCCUUCACCAAGCGUUUAUCUCUCGCUCUUUUUCUCUCUUUCAUAUCGACACAUAUUUUUUUGCCUUCUUUUUCUUCUUCUUCCGUGUCGUUUUUUUUUCUUUUUUCAACAGUCUGUCUCAAAAUCGCGUCUGUCUCAAUUCACAUAAAUCCCAGAUUUUGACCGGAAUCCAUUGCCCAAGACGAAUGAUCAACAUUUAUUUGCCAGGAACCUCUGGUAACGUUUUUCUUUUGUUUUUGUUUUUUCUCUCUUUCGCCCAGCCAUUUGCCUACCCCUCCUCCCACCUCAGUUGCGUCACAUUUUGGUUUGUCGUUCAGCGAUUUCAUUUUUUUUUUUUUUUUUUUUAAUUUCAAAACUGGAGCAAAGAGUCAGUUAUUUCACAAGACGAGUGUAGUAGAUCUGUUGGGUAUUCAAUUUUUCUUUUUCUUUUCGUUUCUUUCGUCGCCAUACAAGUUGGGUAUGAUAAUCAAGUCGAAUGACGAAAUGGCAUUCAUCGUUUCGAACAAGACGGAAAAACGUUACCCACCUCCCUCCUCCGACACGAUUCAUACUAGUUGCAGAUGACGACCGCGAUGAUGAUGAUGAUGAUAAUGAUGUCUCAUCAUCAUUAUUUGCCCUUGUCUCCAAAAACAAAACAAAAAAUGAAAAAAAAAAAAAAAAAUGAAACAAAGGGAGGAUGAAAAAAAAAAUCAUGAAUUUCUAUUUUUGUUUUGGGUAUUCUUUUCUUAUUUCUCUUCGUGUCUCGUAUGUAGAAUGUCAAUUUAUAAAAACCCGUACAUGGCGACAAAUAUCACAAGUUGCGCAUCAUCACUGUCGAAUGGAAUCGCCCAUUGUCUUUAGCGUGUUCGUUUAUUAUUCGUUUUCACCGUUUAUGUAGCAUCAGAGCAGAUCGAACAAAGAGGGCCGUAGCUAAGGGCUCUAAAGUGCAAUGUUUUAAGAAGAAGAAAAAAAUCAAAAUAGAUUGAGUGUGUAUGGAGAUUGUUCCAGCCGCCCCCCCCCCUUUUUUUUUUCUUAGUUUUAGUGUUUCCUUGAAUCCGCAUCACUUUCUCUAUCUCUUCUGCCACCACCUUAUUCUUCGUUGAAAAUGACGAGUGGAACGGUUGAUUCAAAAGACAAAAGUAUACAAGAAUGAAAAUAUGAAUGGAAUCGAUAUUUCUAUUAAGGUCGUAGAUCUCAGGGACUGACUUUUUUUUCAUUUUUUUUUUUUUCAUUACAAACCUUUGGGUUAAAAAAAAAUUAUGUGAGUAAUAAAAAAAAAACAAUCAGAAAUCAACUAAAAACAGACUAUCUAUGAAUAAAUGAUAGUGUGUGAAGAGGGCGAAUCUACGAUUGUGCGUUACCCUCAACGUUUAUAUAUUUUUUUUUUUUUUUUGCGGAAUCCGGAUUUCCCGCGGAAGGAGAGCGCGUAUUUGUAAACAAAACUCCGCCUCCCUCACCACAAAAACUCUUUUUCUCCUUGUUCUCUCUCUAUUGCGGCCGGAAGCAUAUCCCUCACUACCCAAAGCUCUCCAUUUUCUCUAAUGUUUUCCCUUCGUCGAUCGAGUAUAGCAACUUCUUAAAGCAUAUUAGUAUAUUUUUUUUUAUUUUUUUUUCCUUUUGUUGUUGCUGGAUUCGUUAUCUAUAGUGUCUCUUUCUGUUUAUGUUUUGCUGUCUUCACAGUGUUCCCAUUUAGAGCGAAGUAGCUCAUUCGUCAAUUAUUUGUCAUGAUCUUUUCCUUUUUUUUUUUUUUUUUUUUUUCUUAACUGUGUGCUGCGGUUUAUUAUUAUUUUUUCUUUCGGGAAACGACGUACUUGUCCGUUUUAUUUACAUUUUCCACCCCCCCCCCAUGACCUUUAUUUCAUUUUUGUUGAAUGAAUCUGGCUGGUAUUUUCAGUGACAGCCGAAGUUGUAUGCCUAUAUCUUCCUUCCUCUUCAAUUGAUUAGUAUUAUUAUAAUUAAUUAUUCAUACCCGAAUGAGGCGCCAUUUGUUUUGAAAAUCACGUCUUCGAGUUCUACAUUUUCGAUUACUAAUCAACAACGACUGAAUAGUAUCACACACAAGGGCUGUUUUGGCUGGCCACGAUCAAACGAAAAUCUCCAAGUGCCUUUUUUUUGUCUUUGUUUAUGUUCAGGAUCCAAUUCACAACAGUCUUUGCCAGUUUCUUGUGUGUGAAUUCUAAUCGACCUCUCCCCCUACUUCCCAUCUUUCCCCCUUUAGUUUUACUAUAUUUUUAAUUAGUUUUCGAUGAUUAUGUUCUCUCUCUGUCUCUACAACAUCUGUUCCAGUGCGUAUGUGCGUGUGUCCGUUUGUGUAUGAAUGUGUGUAUGGCGAAAAUGUUAAAGCGUAUCUGAAUUCUGGCUUCUACUGUUUGUUCAGUUUUCCCUUUUUUUUUCCCCACCGUCAAUCACGUAUCUUAUAGGUUAUUUCUACUCUCCAAGUGUGUAUAAUAAUACAACAGAAAAAACGUUUUAAAAAUGAA